AUGUCGGACAGACGUAAAGUUUAUAUUUUGGUCCUUCUCCAGGCCAUUUUCUUCAACCAAUUGGCUGAGUGUGUUCGGUUAUCAAGCUGCCAAAAGGAUGAGAAAUGCACCAGACUGGUUAGCUGCUCGCCGCUUAUGAACAUCCUUAGGCCCCGGGGCAUGACCCAGGCGGAGAAAGAUGUGUUUGCACACAGGCAGUGUGGCCUGGACCCCAAUGGACACGAGUUGUUGCACAUGGUUUAUGUCUGCUGCCCAGAGUUGGGUGACGUCUUGCCCAACAAACAGACCUGUGGACAAACGACGCCCGUGUUCCGAGAUCGGGGUGCCGAGAAUGCAGAGCUUAAUGAGUACCCUUGGAUGGUAUUGCUGUUAUAUGAGAAUCGGCUAUCCUUGAUUCGCUAUGUGCUGACCGCUGCCCACUGCGUGAUCGGUGGUUACUUGACGCAGAAUGACCUGGUUCUGAAGAGUGUGCGCCUGGGCGAGUCCACUACCGACUGCAUCACCUCGGAAAGCAGGUGUCCACAUUUGGAUGUGGAGGUGGGGCAAACAACAGUACAUCAGGGUUUCACUUCGAGUGGCGGAACUUACCGCAACGACAUCGCCCUCCUCCGAUUGCAAUUCCCAGUGCGAUACACGAAAAAGAUCCAACCCAUUUGUCUAUUGGACGCCGAAUUUCCCCUACAGGAUUUGAAUUUGCAAAUCUCUGGCUGGGAUCCGACUAAAAGCAGUCAAACGUUGAUCACCAGCACGGUCAAGGAAAGGAAUCCUGCUGAUUGCUUGAAUAGGUAUCCCAGCUUUCGCUCCGCGUCCCAAGUAUGCGCCGGUGGUCAACGGAAAGGGGACACCUGUGCGGGCAUCUCCGGCAGUCCGGUAAUGGGCAUCAUGGGAAGCGGCGUCGACGAGUUCGUCUUUUUGGCAGGCAUUGCCUCAUAUGGACAACAAUAUUGCUACUCUGCUGGUAUUCCAGGUGUUUACACAAAAAUUGGCCACUUUUCGGAGUGGAUCAAAGCGAAUUUGGCUCCCUAAUUUUAAUAAAGAAUUCAUAUUUGCAAAAUUGGAAUAGCAUCUGUUCCAUUAAUCCACUACUAUAAAGUAAUAGACCUAUAAAACCCCAAAAGAUAAGAAAAAGCACUGAAGAUUGUUUUUUAAAAAACGUGUUGUUCAAAAAACAUAACGUGCCGAGAGAAGAUUAAGCAUAAAUAAAUUUCUAAUAACUACACCGCUGGGUUUGCCCAGCUCAGCAGAACUACUAUGUAAAUAUUAAGGCAGGGAAAGACCACCCUAUUCACAUAGCUUUUGCCUUUGUUGCAAUCUAGAUGGUAUUGAGUCCGGAGAUAACCUCUGCUAAUCACGCCCAAUGCAUCGGGAGAGAAUCGGUGACAGCGAAACUGCCGGACAGCUUGGUUAGUAUCAGCUUGGAGCCCAUAGCGACGAGAUGGCUUCUACGGAACGGAAUUUUCUGCUACUGUCACUGGUGGUCAGCGCAUUAUCCGGCUUGGUCCAUCGAUCAGGUGGGUAAGCUGUCCUUUGGGCAAACAAUAUCCACAGCAACUGGAUGCAAUGGUGCUUCUUUCAAAAGUAUAUAGUUCUAUAUAUAUAGUAUAGUAUAGUAUAUAGUUUGAAUAAAGCUAGAAAAACUAAGCACUUGACCUUGUUGAUUGUGAGAAUAAAAACCAUAACAACUAAU